AAUUAACUUGCCGCUAAAUUAUAUUCCUUUGGAUUAAUUGAGAAAUUACCAAAAAACCCUUUUUCUCAAUCUCCUCUAGUGAAAAAAUGGGCACCCUAUUCUCUCUCACUAUAUCCACAGCAUUUGUUCUUUGAUUCCAUAAGCAGCAAAGAAAGACCAGAGGAGAGAGAAACUAAACUCUAGAGAGAGAGAGAGAGAGAGAAUGUUCCAGACGACGAAGAAGGCAACAAGUAUGAAUAAUCCGCACGAGCCGAGGGGCAUGUGCGUCCAAGGUGACUCUGGCCUCGUCCUCACCACCGACCCUAAACCUCGUCUCCGAUGGACCGUCGAACUCCACGAACGCUUCGUCGACGCUGUCACUCAGCUCGGCGGCCCCGACAAGGCGACGCCGAAAACUAUCAUGAGAGUUAUGGGGGUCAAGGGCCUCACGCUUUAUCAUCUCAAGAGCCACCUCCAGAAAUUUAGGCUUGGAAAGCAGCCUCACAAGGAUUUCCAUGAUCACUCAAUGAAAGAUGAUUCAUCUUUAGAACUUCAAAGAAACAAUGCGUCGUCGUCUGGAAUGCUGGGGCGCAGCAUGAAUGAGAUGCAAAUGGAGGUCAACAGAAGACUCCACGAACAGUUAGAGGUUCAAAGACACCUGCAACUUCGAAUCGAAGCCCACGGAAAGUACAUGCAGACGAUUCUCGAAAAGGCAUGCCAAACCCUCGCCGGAGAGAAUAACAUGGCGGCGGCUGCAGCCGCCGCCUCAGGAAGCUACAACAAGGCGGCGGUGGGGCCCGAUAUGUCCUGCGGCCUGAAAGAUUUCGGGCCCGCCAUGAACAACAGUUUCCCAUCCCUUCAAGAUCUCAACUUGUACGGACCCACCGACCAACAACUACUUGACCACCACCACCACAACCAUAUGGAAAGAUCUUCCUCCAUUGGUAAUAUCAACGACGUCUUCAACAUCCAAACAAACAACGAAAACUUUCUCGCGAACAAGAAGAGGCCGAAUCCGUACGGUAAGAGCCCGUUGAUUUGGGCCGACGAUUUAAGGUUGCAAGAACACCUUGGAAGUAAUGAUGAUAAUGAUUGCCAGAUUCAUAUGGGCCCGCCCUUUUCGCUCGAUAGAGGAGGCAGCACUAGUGAUCAUAAUAUCGACGAUUCGGUUUCGGAUCAUAAUAUCUACGAGACGAAGCCUAUUCUAUCGGGAGAUCGCAUUCAUCGCUCCAAUAACAUUAUCGGAGAAAAGAAAUUCGAUAAGUUGUCCGAUAGGUCAUCCCCACCACCCCAUCAUCGUCGGGCGGCGGAGAGGAUGAACCACCACUCCGCCGCCAUUAGUGCCGGCGGCAUCAUGCCACAAGCUGGCCGGAGCUCGCCAUUCGGGUGAUACUAAUUAACAGAUCAUCAUAUACAUUAAUUAAUAUUUGAGUGUUCUUGAUGUCUGUAGUAUUUAGGGGUUUGGAGCAACGCUAAAAACGGCGUCGUCUUAAUAUAUAUCUAUAUGCUGUAGUUUUGCUUAUAGUACUUAAUGAAUGUUUUGCGUCACCUUUCUUGAAUAAGUGUUUGGCAUGUUAUAUUCAAGGAUGAUGCAUGCAUGUGAUUGAUUAUUAAUUAGUGCAUGCAUGCAGCUAUACCAGAUUUCUUGUUUUAUAUUA